CCCCCCCGUGCAAACUGUCGCUUUGCAGAAUUCAAACAUUGCACUUCAGACUGAAAUGCAAAUUUCCGCAACAUCUGCUGGCUCUUUCCAAUCACAUCUUCUUGAAGUGUGUUUGCUCAACACAUUGCACUGAUUGUGUUGGCUGAUAUGAAAAAAAGGGGGCAGGCUUUACUAUGAAAUUGAAAGCUGAUUUUGUACAGAGGAGAUCGCGUUUUUCCAUUACCCACAUGUGCAUUAGGUGCUAAGUUUACCACAACUGUUUCGAGUGUUUCAGAGCUCAAGGUGCCAGAAUAAAAGACAUGGCCGUCUACCAGCAGCCGAGCACCAUGGUGGUCCAGACCACCACCACCCAUGGUCCUGGGACAUGGAGCACAGGCCUCUGUGAUUGCUGCAGUGACAUGGGCACCUGUUGCUGUGCUCUGUGGUGCUUCCCCUGCAUGCAGUGUCAGACGGCUAGCCAUCACGGCUGGUGCUGCUGCAUGCCGCUCCUGGAUGCCUGCUGCAUCGUGUCCUGCACUCUCCGCUCCUCCAUCAGAGAGCGCCACGGCAUCCCUGGUUCGUGCUGUGACGACUGGUGCAAGAUAUUAUGGUGCUACCAGUGUGUCUGGUGCCAGAUGCACCGUGAGGUGAAGAUCAGGAACCAGCAUCCGGGCGGCACCUCAGUGGUCACCAGGCAGGUCAUCAGUGGAUAAGAUGUGAUGGUUGUACUUGUGGGAUAUUGGGCGCACAAGCACAAUGUGACGUGGUUCUUUUUCAAAACAUUAGAGUGACAAAAACAUAAAGUUAGUUCUGUUCUUACUUACAGUCAGUAUUAGGUGAAAGAAGGUCUCUUUUUGUACCACACAUCAAAAAUGGAGCAGUUCAAACAGGGUGUAAGUAUUUUACGGUUAAGCAUGUUUUGGUUUUUAGUUUUCUGCCUCGCUGUUAAAGCUUGACAAUCACAGUUAAAUCUAGAAUUUCAGAAUUGAAUGUUAGCUUGUUAGGAUGUUGGAUUUCAUAUGAUGUCAAGUGAAAUUUGUGACUUACUCUAAUCAAUAAAUUCAGCUUUCUGUUUUACCAAACAAGCCACUAUUACAACCUGAUUCCACAUGUGACUGAAACCUGUGAGAAAAGGAAAUAGUUGUAUUCUCAUGUAAGAGGAUAUUAAUAUCUAGUACCUAUCACAACAUCUGCACUGAAACAAAAUGACAUCAUUACCCUACAAGCCCAAGCUUUAUUCAGACUUAAACAAAAGCAUGCGUUAGUUUCUCUCUUGUUGAGCUGUAUGAUAGAUUGAAUUAGUGUGUGGGACUAAAUUUUUUGAUACGUGAUAUGUUAGGGUGUAGCAUACCACAGGUUAUGUUAUGUUAUGUGGGUUAGAUAAGUUUAAACUGUAUUAAUGUUUAUGAAGCAAAGAUAUAAGACAAAAGAGGAACAGCAACCACAAACUGAAACAACCAAACGAGGAUGUUGUGGGCUUAGAGUAAACAGGAGUUUCACUCGAAGUAACCCUGUUCCCUAAAGUGAUCAACCUCUGUAGUGUUUGCAGGUGUGACUGAUUUGUGAAUAUGUUUUAUUGAUUUUCAUAUUUUACAGGGUAAUCAUGGAAUGUAUUAAAACAUACAGAAAACACAUAACAACCCCCCAACCCCAAAUAUUGGCAGAAUAUUACACACAUAAAACACAUACAGAAAAUGUAAAAAAUAAAUAAAAUAUUAGAGUAAUGCUUAGAUUGUCAGAGUACAUUUUCAUAAAAUUCUAGACAAACCCUACAAUGAAUAAAAUGACAUUUAGAAUGAAUAAAUAAAAUAAUAACAAUGAUGCAUAAAAAACUAAAAUGUAGCAAAAAGAAAUCCUCACAUCAUAAAUAUAUAAAUACAGAAUGUGUCAUUUGCAUCAUCGCCUCACAAUACCAGCACUUCUUCAAUGUCAACAUUUAUUAUAAAAUUCAAAAAUAGCCACCUUUGCUGUGACGUUGCCCAUGCCGUCAGAUCUGUGAGACAGAUGCAUUGCUUAAUCAGAUGGUGUUGUUUCAAAAUGUACCUGUGUCUUCCUCUUUUUAAAAUCUUUUACCAAUCCCUUUGUUCCCCUGAGGUCUUUCAAUAAACAAUUGUCUAAAAGAUUA